AUCGCAUUCUAACAGCGACCACGAAGCAUGAUGAUCCCGCUGCGCGAGUUCUACAGCCUCCUCCUCCGGGGCUGGCACAGCGUCGCCUCGUACCUCACGUCGCACUUUUACGCGCUCAAGAUGCGGCCGGUCUCGGGCUUUGACCCGUCGGGCUUUAUGUUUAUGCUCGCCUUUCUCUGCUUGACGAUCGGGCUCUUCCUCGCGGCGCUCGACCAGACGCAGAAGCGCCGCCUCUCGUCGUACUUGCAAGAGCACCCGCUCAACCCCGACUUUAACCGGCUCGAGCGCCGCCUCAGCCACGUCUCCAAGUACGUGACCGACAAGGCCAUAGACCACUCGGCGCGCGGCGGCUUUGUCGUCGAGAUGCUCAGCUUCAACUACCUCUCCCGCCUCGGCUUCACGGUCGCCAUCUUUGGCCUCACGUCAUACUUUAACGCGCUUGCGGCCGUCGUCGCCGGGUGGCGCACGCCGCACGUGGUCAUUUUGACGCUGGACCGCCGCGACAGUGGCGAGAAAACGCUGCCGGACCUCGGCCACGACCUCUUCAAGUUUGUCAUGAGCAAGAUUUACGGCCAAACGACGUACAUUGACUGGUUUGACCUCCCGGACGAGUUCAUUGCGUUCGUUGGUUCGAUCAUUGCCGUGCUCUUUGUCGUACACCCGCGCCGUCUCCUCAUCAUCCGCCGCUUCACUGCGAUUUACGCUUGGAUCAACCUCCUCCGCGGCUUUUGCGUUGCCGUCACGUCGCUGCCGGAUGCGAGCCCGCAGUGCAUUUCGCAAUUUGAGACGGCCAAAGGCGCGUACAAGUCGCAGCCCAUUUUUCCCAAGGCCGUCUACCGCGCUCUCAAGGUGCUGCUCCGGCCCUCGCACCACAUUACGUGUGGCGACAUGGUGUUUAGCGGCCACACGGUGUUUUUGAUCCUCUGCGCCAUGAUCGUGACCACCUACUGCAACACGGACGAGCUCAACACGCCGUUCACGCGCAAGCACUGGUGGACGCUACCACUCGUCAAGUACUCGGUCUGGACCGGGUCCUUCCUUGGCGUCUUUGCCAUCGUCGGCACGCGCUUGCACUACACGCUCGACGUGCUCAUUGCGAUCUACGUGACGAUCCAGACGUGGCACACGUACCACUGGCUCGCGGCCGACAACCGCUACAACAUUCGGCUCAUUUCGUGGCUUGAGCACGACCACGAGGUGCACUCGAUUGACCACCACGCGUACCGCAUGGCGCGGCGCACGGGCAGCCUCUCGGACUUUGAUGUGAAGACGUUCUCACCGCUCUCGCAGUCGCCGCCGAGUUCGCCGACCGCCAAAAAAGAUCAAUAG